UGUUCCCAUCUUUUUUAAGUUCUCAGUUUUAAACCAGACUCAGUUUUGAUUAAAAACGAAAAAGGGAGUCUUGAGUCCAGUUUGAUUUCCACACAGAAGUAACUUUUUUCCAAGCUGGAGAUCAUAAUUGAUCUGAGUCAUGCAAUUGAAAAAUACCUUUUUUUUAGUCUUUGACUUUUUUCCAUCUUAAUUUUGGCUUUAUUUUUUGUGAUACAGCUAGAAUCUAACAAAGGGUGUAAUAUUUCCAGUAACUCCAAAUGGCUGGGUCAGGGAAAGGAAGAGGACGUGCUGCAUUUACUUUCAACAUCGAGGCUAUUGGCUUUGCCAAAGGUGAAACGCUACCUGAAGUAGCAUUCAAGCCCCGUCCACUGUUUCCUCCAACAGAUUUUAAGCCAGUGCCUCUGAAAAUGGGAGAGGAAGAGGAUUAUAUGUUGGCCUUAAAGCAAGAAUUUAGAGGAAGUAUGAAAAGAAUGCCUUAUUUUAUGCGAAAUGAAGAUGAAAAUCAAGGAAUUGAAAAAUAUAGUAAAAAGUACCUGCAGAUGAAAAAAGAAUCCAUGGAAUGGACCCCAGAUUGGAGAAGGCUCCCAAGAGAGAUGAAGCCAAGGAAAAAGACCAAAAAAGCAGGUGAAAAAACGAAAAAGGCAAAAGUUGCCACACCCACAAGUCAUGUGGAUGUGUUGAAAAAAAUUGAGGAGUUGGAAAAGAAAGGUGACGAAGAAAAAUCUGAUGAGGAAAAGGAGAAAGAAAAAGACAAAGAGGAUGAAGAGGAAGAAGAAGCAGCAGCAAAUGAACAAGAAGAAUAUGAUGAAGAGGAACAUGAAGAGGAAAACGACUAUAUUGCUUCAUAUUUUGAAGAUGGCGAUGACUUUGGUGCUGGCAGUGAUGACAAUAUGGAUGAAGCAACCUAUUAGUUAUUUAUAUUAGAUUGUGUCCUAUCCUGGCCUUCUAAGACAUCCACUAAACCAUUUGGACCCAGUUGUAGGUGGGCUGAGCAACCGCAACUCUUGAUGCAGCUACUUGAAGUUGGAGCGCUGAGUUCACCCUCAGAUGAAAGGGCAUUUUUUUCUGGUUUAUUUAACUGAGUUGAAAAAUGGGAGACCUAGCUGCCAUAUUACUGUUCUUCCCAAAUGCUUUGAAGACAGAUAUUUAUCACUGCAAGGUUCUCUAGAACUCUGUAUCUGGGAGUUCUAGAGAACCUUGCAGUGAUAAAUAUCUGUCUUCAAAGCAUUUGGGAAGAACAUAUAUGCCUUUGUAUUGCUUCUGCUGCACAGGAAAAGAAUAUACAUUUUGACUGAAUUGUGCCUAAGCAUUUGCACUUCUCUAUGCAUGGGAGGGAUCAAAUCCUGUUCCGGAUGUGAAGUCAUAUUUCAGAGGAUACUGAAGUCAGUAGCAAAACUUGUAUUGACUUAAGCGAACCAGGAUUUGGUCCUUUCUGAACACAAGCUGUUCUUACUUAGCUGCUGACAUUUUAAAGGAAUUUAUAUAAUUUCUGUAAUCAGGGGAUUGAAAUCUAACUGAACACUGAGCACUUUCUUGAACAAAGUAGCCUAAAAGUACUUUGGUACUGUGGACUAAAAAGUAAGGAGAUAAUUUUGAAGGCUCUUGCAUUCUAAUCAACAGACUUUCAUAAUUCAGCACUUUGACGAAUAGGGAGCAUCUUUCAAACCAGUGCUUGUUGGGUGUAAGGAGACUUAAUAAAUGAGAUUAGAUUGUGUUUUAUGAAUUCCUGUUUACUGGAAGUGAGGUCUGGGGCUAAUUAGUAGUUUCAUUUAGAGAGGGUUUGUGGCUGAGGUUUGAGCAAGGGAGUGGGAAACCAGGAAAUCCUGAUU